AUGUACAAUCACCGUUCUAUCGUACCCUCGGGUGGGUCCCAAGGUCCUCCUUCUGGCCCACCUCCCUCUGGCCCACCUCCUUCUGGCCCACCUCCUUCUGGCCCAGGUGGCCCCGGUCCUUCUCAGGCAGCUGCAGCAGCACAAGGAGGUCCUCAUCCUGGAGGCCCAGUAGCUGGCCCUCCCGGUGGCCCAGCGCCUACAGGCCCUCCUGGUGCUGCAGCUGGCCCUCCCGGUGCAGCUCCACCUGCUGGAGCCCCUCACACAAGCUCGGCGAGACUCGCCGACCUUCUCGAUUUUGUACGACAUGAAUUCGACCUUCUCGGCAACGACACAGCACAGUUCAAAGCGCAGCGCGAUGAAAUGGAACACAGAGUUACGCAACAAGUCAGCGAAGUCAACAUGAUGCAAAAUCACUUCUACGAGCUCGAAAAGCGUCACACUCGGGUCAUCCAGCAAUACGAAGAAGAAGUCAAGCGACUCCGCAGCAUUCUCGACUCCAGAGGUCUCUCGGCAGAGCACGGCGCAGCUCCCGCAUCCGGUCCCAUGGGUGGUCCACCUCAUCUCCCUGCAUCUAGUGCUUCGGGUCCAUUGCCAAUCGCCUCUUCUGGUGGUCCUCCUCCUCCUGGAGGCCCUGGCGGCCCUGGCUCUGCAGGCAUGCUUGGUCCCAACGGCAGCGGUGCUGCAGGCGGCCCUGGUUCCGAGUACGGUGCACGUGGCCCAAACGGCUUUGACCGCGAGCGCGAUCCUGCUCGUGGUCCAACACCUGGCGGUAAAGACUCGAAGCGCAUGCGCGUUGAUGGACCUGGAUCGCACUACAGUGGACCACCUAGCCCUGGCGUUGAACGAGAGCGAGCCGACUGGAUCAAGAAGGAAGAGCAACGCGACAGAGCGCCGCGCGACGAAAAAUGGGACAGAGAACACCGUGGUGGUGGUCCACCUCUUGGACCUGGACCGGCUCAAUCGCCACACGGUGUACCGCCCCUUCCACCGCCCCUUCCACCGCCCAACUCGUACAACCGUGAGAUGCAGCAUCGUGAUCGCGAGCGUGGUGGACCUGGUGGCGAUCGUGCUAGCGAAGCUGCUCAAGGUGCUGAAUCGCCUGGUGCAGCCGCUGCAGCCGCUGGCAAUGUUUCGCUUGCAAGCCUAAGCGACAUGGAUCCCGAUGAAAUCCCAAAAGAGCUCAAGAAGGAAGGUCCUGACUGGCUGGCCAUCUUCAAUCCCAAAGUCAAGCGAACGCUCGACGUCAACCUCGUUCACACUUUCCUCCACGAAUCCGUAGUCUGCUGCGUCCGUUUCUCCGCUGACGGCAAAUACCUUGCUACGGGUUGCAACAAGUCUGCUCAGAUUUUCGACACCAAAACGGGCGCCAAGACUUGUGUUUUGACCGACCAAUCUGCCAACUCCAAGGGAGACCUUUACAUCCGCUCCGUCUGCUUCUCUCCAGAUGGCAAGUGCUUGGCUACUGGAGCAGAGGAUAGGCAGAUCAGGAUUUGGGAUAUCAGUAAAAAGAAGGUCAAGCAUCUUUUCUCUGGCCACAAGCAGGAGAUCUACUCGUUGGAUUACAGUAAGGACGGUAGGAUCAUUGCUAGUGGUAGUGGAGAUAAGACGGUCAGGAUUUGGGAUGUGGAGAAUGGGCAACUUUUGCAUACGUUGUAUACUUCGCCUGGAUUGGAGCACGGACCUAGUGAGGCUGGAGUUACAAGUGUUAGUAUAAGUAGUGAUAACAGGUUGGUUGCUGCUGGUGCCUUAGAUACGCUCGUGAGGGUGUGGGAUGCGCAGACGGGUAAGCAGUUGGAGAGGUUGAAGAGUCAUAAAGACUCCAUCUACUCGGUCAGCUUUGCUCCUGAUGGCAAGUCUCUUGUGUCGGGAUCGCUGGAUAAGACUCUGAAACUUUGGGACUUGACCGGCACUGCCAAGGCGGUACAAGAAAACAGAGCAGAGGAGAAGGGUGGUCAUGCAAAUUGCGCAACCACUUUCGUUGGACACAAGGACUAUGUCCUGUCGGUGUCUUGCAGUCCAGAUGGACAAUGGGUUGCAAGUGGUAGUAAGGAUCGCGGGGUACAGUUCUGGGAUCCUAAGACGGCGCAAGCGCAGUUUGUAUUGCAGGGCCACAAGAACAGUGUCAUUGCGAUCAACUUGAGUCCUGCAGGUGGACUAUUGGCAACCGGUAGCGGUGACUUUAAUGCUAGGAUCUGGAGCUAUGAUCGUAGUCCCAACUAA